AUUUGCCCACGACGUGAAAGCUUCAACCCUAGUAAAGUUGACCUUUAUCUCCUCAAUGCAAAGCAGCUGCGAACCCUGUUUUUCUUUCUUAUAAAGUGGACUUGGUUAGUUGUGGUUUUGCAUCAUCACGGCAUCACCACCAUCAUCAUAAAGCCUCACCAAAAGGUCAUCAAUCCACUUCCAUAUCGGUAAAGAUUUCUAUCUAUCUUUUCGACCUUUGAAGCUGUUCUUUCUUGCUCUUCUUUGGAUCGGCUCGAGAGGAGGAUCCGACCAAUAUGACCAGAGACAGGAAGAUCGGAGUGGCCGUCGACUUGUCCAAGGGAAGCAAACUGGCCCUGAAAUGGGCCAUCGACAACCUCGUGGACAAAGGCGACACGCUCUAUGUGAUCCACGUCAAGCCCUUCGUCGGGGACGAGUCUCGCAACCUCCUUUGGUCCACCACCGGCUCUCCUCUGAUACCCAUGUCGGAGUUCCGGGACAAGGAGGUCGCCCAGAAGUACGAAGUUGAGCUCGAUCCUGAGGUCCUCGACAUGCUUGACACAGGAUGCCGCCAGAAACAUGUAACUGUGGUUGUGAAGAUAUACUGGGGCGAUGCAAGGGACAAGCUGUGCGCGGCGGUUGGAGAUCUCAAGCUCGAUUGCGUGGUCAUGGGUAGCAGAGGCCUCGGCACCAUUCAAAGGGUGGUCCUUGGGAGCGUGACCAAUCAUGUGAUGGCGAACGCGACAUGUCCGGUGACCAUCGUCAAAGAUCCGACUUGUCAUGGUUUCUGAUCGUUCUGGACUUUGCCAAGGGACAACUGGUCAUUUCGUAUAUAGUGUUUGUGCUUCCCAUGUUAGAACGAGGCGCUGCCUAAGCUUUUCGCACUUUGUUUGAUGCUUUGUGUAACUGGAAUUCGAUGGACUUAGUUUGCGUUUCAGCUCUUGGAUGUGUAUCUCUCUAAUUCUAUUUCCUU